UGUAUACAUUACUUGUAAAGCUGAUUCAUUUGCCUUGCUUUACGUUUUUUAUUACUGUUAGUUCCUCCUCUGACUCAAAAAAUGUUCCCUAAUUUUACUGUCCCUUCCUAGAAUACGUUAAUCAUUACCUUAGGGUUAUUUGGAAGGGGGCAAGGGUUUCUGGUCAGAGUGUUUAUGUGUAUUUAUUUCGGACAUCCACUCGACGGCUAGAGGGGUUCCUAUUGCCCAUAUUUCACUUAUUGUGCAUGGAGUUUUUUUUUAGUUUUUUUUAUAUCUGAGAGCAUGGAUAAUUAUGCAGAUAUCCGGGCCUUUUGAUUCAGUUCAGUUUGAAUUUAUUUUUGGAGAUAGUGACCCUCUCUUUUAUCUUUUCGAUAUAUGAAGAUUCAGAGCUGGCACGGAGAAUAAAUCCCAAACCUGUUGCUGUCAUUAGAUCUCCUUAAUGAAGGGUACGGAUCAGUCUUAAAAGGGCUCUCUAAACUGUCAGCUAUUGGAGCAGCUGCUACCCUUAUAUCCCAUGGACAGCUGCCUCUGAAAUGCCUGGAACAAAGCUCGCAUGGAGCAGGAGCAAAUGGGGGACAUCUCUACUCAUUGCUCAGACACACCUUCCCCAAACCUACAACUGGAGCAUCAUCAUCAUGCCUACAACUGAACUGGAUGGUCUUUAUAAUGCAAUAACCUCCUACAAGCUGCUUGAAUGCAUCCAGUAUUGAUCAUUGUCCUUGCCUCGCCAACAUCAAUGGUAUCAUGGAAUUUCAACAACAGAGGAUGAGUCGAUGAGGAGGUAAAAGCAGAGAGCGAUUGUGAUAGACUGGAAUGGGUAAACGCCAUCGUCCAAAAUGUUCAGACAGUGUCCUUCUCAAGACGGUUCUUCUGCUUAUCUUCUGCGAGCAAGUGAAUGCCCAGUGUAAGAUUGUCAAAUGCAAUUCUGAUUAUGUGUCUGCCACGAUGAACUUGAGGGGUUCCGGCAGAAAUGCUGAGAUCCAGAAAUGUAAUGCCCUCCGUGCCUAUUCCCAAUGUACCCGCAAAACUGCUCGCACCUGCCGUGGAGACCUGAUCUACCACUCGGCAGUGCACAUCAUUGAAGAUCUCAUGAUUCAGCACAACUGUUCCAAAGAGGGGCCUACUGCAUCCCCCAGACCUCAACCCCCACAACCACGCCCUGAGGGGCCCAGGAAACAGGAGGCCUGUGAUUAUGAGAGAACUUUCCGUGAGAAGCAUGGCAAGAUUCCAAAGUAUCUCCACUGUGGGGUGUUUGGGGACCCUCAUUUACGCACUUUUAGUGGUGACUUUCAGACAUGUCGAGUCAACGGGUCAUGGCCUCUAUUGGACAAUGAAUAUCUGUUUGUCCAAGCCACCAGCUCACCACUCUCCACUAUGUCCAACGCCACAGUUAUUACUAAGAUCACCAUCAUCUUUAAAAAUAUGAAGCAGUGCAUAGAUCAGAAGGUUUACCAGGCCGAAGUGAACAACCUCCCAGCAGCCUUUGAUGAUGGCUCAGUAAACGGAGGUAGACGAGGGGGAGGAAGUAACCUUAAGAUCUACGACAGGGAGCCUGGGAGCUUAAUAGAGAUCGAGGCCCCUUAUAUUGGCACAAUCAUACGGGUUCGCCAGCUGGCCAAGCAGCUCUCAUUCUCCCUGCGCAUGCCUGAGGACAUCUCAUUAGCCUUCCAAGAGGAGCAGGAUUUGCAGCUAUGCCUGGGAGGAUGCCCAGCCAGCCAGUUCAUAUUGAGGACUAAGGAUCUUGGAAGGACAAGCUCUAUCAGCACCGAAAAAGCCAAAUCCUUGUGCAGAGUCAAACUCCCAGUUGAGGAUGCUUAUUUCCAGUCUUGCGUUUUUGAUGUGGCCUUAUCUGGAGAUGCUAAUAUGACAAAUGCAGCUUACUAUGCCUUGGAGGAUGCAAAAGACUUUCUCCCUGAACCAGGAACAUUACAUAUAUUUGCCACAGCAGCAGCCAAGAGUCUGCAUGUACCAGUUGCCUUAUUGCUUCUCCUUUGUCUGGCUACCACAGUGGGAAACCUUUAGCUAUUUGGGCAUUGAAUGUGGGCCCGGACACGUAUGUGAAGAUAGUAGAGCCAACAUUUGGCAGAAGCUUUAUCAUUUUAACAACUGUUCUGGUGCAUUUCCUCUGGAUUUAGACAAACCUAUUGUAGAUAAAACUUUACAGUAUUUCAUGGCAGUGUCGGACUGGCCCACAGGGAUACCAGGAAAAUUCCCGGUGGGCCCAGGUAUCAGUGGGCUCUCAUGCUGCUAAACAUUUGGCCUAUUUCAUGGUCAUUCCCUAUUUAUAUGAGAAGAAAGAGGCUAAAUAGAUGGAAUAAUAGAUUAUAGUAUGUAAAGAAAAGAGUCCAGGACAACAGAGGUUGAACGAAGAGAGGAAGAAUAACAGUGCCCUUGAUCUAAGGUUUUUGGGUGGGCCCCUGGUUUAAGGUUUUUGGGUGGGCCCCCGGUAUCUCAGUCCGACACUGUUUCAUGGUAUAGGAGUUAAAUAUCAGGCCGCUGCCAGCAAAUCCCAAAUUAGUAAUACUAAUACAGAAUAUUCUGGAUGUUCUUCUGGAUUUUCUAUGACGUUUAGCUAAAUCACAUUGCCGAACCCAUUAAAGAACUGUAUCACUCACACACACAUGUAUAUAUAUAAGGUUUACCAGUAGGGGGGAUUAAAGUAUAAGUAAACCUUUAAAUUAAGUGAAUGUAGAAUUGACAAGGGGGCUAUUUUAAGCACUUUUGUCAGUUACAUUCAUUAUUUAUUU